ACAUAUAUUCAACUUCCCCUCCCUCCAUCCCUCCAUAACUCCACAUCAUGUCUGGUGUUUGGAUUUUCAAAAACGGUGUCGUCCGGCUAGAAAACCCCGGCGACUGCCACGUCAGCUCCACGACCGGUCAUCGGAAAGUUCUAGUUCAUGUUCCUAGUAAUGAAGUCAUUACAUGUUAUGCAAAUCUUGAAAGAAAGCUUUAUAGUCUUGGAUGGGAGAGGUAUUAUGAUGAUCCACAACUUCUUCAAUACCACAAAAGAUCCACAAUUCAUCUUAUUUCCCUCCCAAUUGAUUUUAAUAGGUUUAAAUCCAUUCAUAUGUAUGAUAUUGUCGUUAAAAAUCGAAAUGAAUUUGAAGUUAGAGAUAUGUAAAGUUACUAACUUUCUUUACGUGGACAUUCGGACAUAAAAAAUAUGAAAUUUGGAGAAAUAAAAAGUAGUAUAUGUGUUUUCGAGCUGAUAAU